GAGACGUUGUGUAAAGUGGAUAGUGAGGCAGCAUUUCUCAACACCAACACUUGUUUGACUGAUUCUGCUUCGCGUAAAGAAAAGGACGCGUCGCGGUGAACAUGUUUCCGGACUUUGAAAGCGCACCGGUGGAACUUUUCCCUGCGCAAACCACAGCGCAGGAGACAAAUUGCAGGGAUUCAAACUGGAGCAAAUGAGGGAGAUGCAGCUUUUUACAACACCCAGGUUCAACUUCAUGUCCAGGUCCAACGCUAAGAGUGGCGUCCAAAGUUUCCGGCGCAUGGAGACGCAGCAGGUGAGCGGCAGGACAUGAGGUCCGGACUGAAGGGAGACACCGUGAGAUGGUCCCGACCCGUCAUAGAAGCUGGGAGGACGUUACUUGACAGGAGCGUGUGUUUGAAAGAAUAAUCCCAGUCCGCCAGCAUGCGAGCGCCGAUGAGUUCACUGUGCGCAAUGGUCGCACUGGUCCUCGGGCUGUGGGAGUCCAGCUUGGCCAACAGAAACUGCCCCGACCUGAUCGUUGACAGCUGUCACUGCUCGGCGGAGAGGUCCAAGGAGCUGAGCAGGCAGCAGCCGCUCCGAGUGAAAGUGGUCUGUGAGGAUGUGGACCUGAUGGACACCCUGCAGCCCAGCUUCGUACCCAACACCACUGUGUCCCUAAACCUGGGCAACAACAAGAUCUCCCUGCUGCGGAACGGCUCCUUCUACGGCUUGGCUGCGCUGGAAAAACUGGACCUGAAGAAUAAUUUGAUUAGCACACUGGAGCCCGGGGCCUUCCGUGGUCUGUUGGCUCUGAGGAGACUGGACCUAUCCAACAACAGGAUUGGCUGUCUUUCCCCCGAAAUGUUUCUCAAUCUGGGCAACCUCUCAAAAUUGAAUUUAUCUGGCAACAUCUUCUCCACCCUCACUGUGGGACUCUUCACACACCUCGUGGCUCUCAGAGUGCUGCACUUCCACACUGAGACCUUGUUCUGUGACUGUCAGCUGAAGUGGCUGCUCCUCUGGGCCCGAAGCAACUCGGUGAGGAUUGGGAACGACACGGUGUGUGUGUUCCCCACCCGGCUCGACGGCCUGGAGUUUCGCAACCUACGUGAACAGCAACUCAGAUGCGAUGGACCUCUGGAGAUGCCCCUCUUCCAGCUCAUCCCUUCUCAGCGCCAACUGGUUUUUCGUGGGGACCGGCUCCCCCUGCAGUGCACUGCCUCCCACGUGGACCCGUCGGUGGAGCUGCGGUGGCGUCACAACGGCCACACCAUGACCACGCAGGAGGACAGGGGCAUCUACGUGGAGGAGACCCUGCUUCACGACUGCUGCCUGCUGACCAGCGAGGUCGUCCUCUCCAACAUCGACGUGGGCAUCUCUGGCAUCUGGGAGUGCAUGGUGACCAGUUCCCGUGGCAACACCUCUCAGCAAAUGGAGAUAGUUGUUCUGGAGACGUCGGCACCGUACUGCCCCACUGACAGAGUCACCAACAACAAGGGGGACUUCAGGUGGCCGAAGACUCUAGCUGGGAUCCUGGCCUUCCUGCCCUGUGCGCCAUCGACCUUCGGCUCGGCCCAGCACCCCUCCGGGGGCGCUCACAGCCCCUCCAGCCAGAGAGAGAAGAAGGCGUGGCGGCGCUGCGACCGGGCUGGGCGCUGGGCUGAGGAGGACUACAACCAGUGCCCCUACGCCAGCGAGCUCACCCGCGUGCUGCACGAGCUCACCCAGAUAACGAUUAACACCACCAACGCUCAGCCAUUAGGACGGCAGCUAGUGGCUUUCACCAGCAGGGCGGCGCACUUCACUGACGUCAUGGACGUGAUCUUUGUCACACACCUGGUGGAGAGGCUGACGCGGCUGGUGGACAAACGCAGAGACCUGGGGGACUACAUCUCAGACAUAGCCAGUAACAUGAUGCUCGUGGAGGAGCAUAUCCUGUGGAUGGCCCAGAACGAGGCGCGGGCGUGCACUCGCAUCGUGCAGUGUGUGGAGCGUAUCGCCGACCUGGCACUGACCGGAGACAAUCAGGUCAUUUCUAAGGUGUCUGCUAACAUCGCUCUGGAGGCCUUCCUGAUCCGGCCAUCCAACUUCCUGGGCCUGUCCUGCACGGCCCUCCAAUUAACCCCCGCUUCCGCCCCCUCCCCAUUCCCCGGCAGCCACUCCCACGAUGACAAAGGCGCGGGCAGAGAGCGCGACACCGCAGGGGAAUCCAUGCUCAACUUCAAAUGCCACACCCUCAACAGCAGCGGCCCGCCGGCCAGUCAGAUCAGCAAGAACUCAGUGGCAGUCGCCUCAAUCCAUUUACCGCUGGCUGGUACGCCUAUCCCCUCCUCUGCGCUGCAAUCUGUUGAUAACUCCACUUGCAGGCUGCAGUUCAUUGUGUUUCGCAAUGGGAAACUCUUCCCUUGCACGGGGAAUUCGUCGAAUCUCGCCGACGAUGGGAAGCGUAGGAGCGUUUCAACACCAGUUGCUUUCACCAAAUUAGAUGGGUGCAGCCUCGGGAGCGCCGUGCACUCCGUUACCAUCGCUCUCAGGCACUUCGCACUGGGUGUAGACCCCACCGCGGCUUACUGGGAUUUUGACCUGCUGGAUGGACACGGCGGCUGGAGGGCAGAGGGCUGCCACAUAACAGGCUCCGGGGGCAACACGACCACCAUUCAUUGCACCCACCAUAAUAACUUUGCAGUGCUGAUGGAUCUGAAGAAGGUGCUGUCUUUCCCCCCGUACCCUGGGGAGUUUUUGCACCCGGUCGUGUAUGCCUGCACGGCGGUCAUGUUGCUCUGCCUCUUCGCCUCCAUCAUCACGUACAUAGUGCACCACAGCUCAAUCCGCAUCAGUCGGAAGGGAUGGCAUAUGCUCCUCAACUUCUGUUUCCACACGGCUCUGACCUUCGCCGUGUUUGCCGGCGGCAUCAAUCGAAUCAAAUACCCCAUCAUCUGUCAAGCAGUCGGGAUCGUGCUGCACUACUCGUCUCUGUCGACCAUGCUGUGGCUCGGGGUGACGGCGAGGAACAUUUAUAAACAGGUGACCAAAAAGCCUCCGCAGAGCCAAGAUGGUGACCCGCCUCCGCCCCCUAAACAGCCCCUGUUGAGCUUUUAUUUAGUCAGCGGUGGAGUGCCCCUCAUCAUCUGCGGGGUCACGGCAGCCGUCAGUUUCGACAACUAUGGCAGCGGGGAGCAGGCGCCAUACUGCUGGAUGGCCUGGGAGCCCAGCCUGGGGGCCUUCUUCGGCCCAGCGGCCUUCAUCUUCCUGGUGACAUGUGUCUACUUCCUGUGCACCUUCAUCCAGCUGCGGCGACACCCCGAGAAGAAGUAUGAGCUCAAGCAGCUGACGGAUGAGCAGCAGAGGCUGGCCGCCGUCGAUGUGCCGACCCACUGUCAUCAGGGAGCCGAGCCCGGAGCCCUGACGGCCCCGCCUGGCGGGAGUCACUGCCCUGCAGGCUGCCCGGGCAUCCCCAUCAACCCCGCGCUGCUGGCCAAUGAGCACUCCUUCAAGGCCCAGUUACGAACCGCGGCCUUUACCCUUUUCCUGUUCUUAGCCACCUGGACAUUCGGCGCACUGGCCGUGACCCAAGGCCACUUCCUGGAUAUGAUCUUCAGCUGCCUCUACGGUGCCUUCUCCGUCACCCUUGGCCUCUUCAUCCUCAUCCAUCACUGUGCCAAGCGUGAUGAUGUCUGGCAUUGCUGGUGCUCCUGUUGUCCCGGACGACAAGCCAAUGCUUGUUCUGGCGCCCACGGGCCAGCUCAGGCCCGGCCCAAGGUUAACGUGAAUGGAGAUACCCCCGGGCACAGCCACGGUCACAGCCACUGCCACCAUGACUCACCAUGUCAGGGAAAAGCAGUGAUGAGCUGCGGUCAUGGCACUUUAGGUCACUGUAAGCAUGCUGCCCUUCCAUCCUCGCAAAACCAUGUGACGUGUCUGGCACCGUUGACGCCGUGUUGCGCCGCCCUUCAUAGCCAGCAGCUGAUGGAGCAGGAGCCUGCAGCAACUCAUGUACUCCUGCACCCAGACCCAGAGGGUUACAGGCCAGGGAUCCAGUUGCACCCCUGCCUAAAGAGCAGCACCAGGACUAAAAGCCGUCACUUCAGCCGCCGGGCCGGGGCCGGCACUUGUGGAGCAGGGAGUGAGAGGGAGUAUGCCUAUCACAUCCCCUCCAGCGUGGACGGAGGCAGCGUGCACAGCUCACACACUGACAGCCCCCACAGCACACACGAGCGUCACGCCCACAUCUGCCCACAUCUGGCCCACGAAGGCCACCAUGACGGGCAUCACACGUGCCAGGCAGCGGCAGCCACCACGCACGAGGCCCUGGCGUGCCAUAACCCCUGCCACAGGCAUAUCUGCUGUGCCAAGGCAGACCUUCUCCCUUCUCUGUGCCCGGCAGAUGCAGGCGACACGGGCAUCUUCCUGUGUGGCUGUGGCAAAGUGGCCGAGGAGGACCCCACGGCGACACAUCACCAUCUGGAGAUGCACGCCCCGCGCAGACAAUCCUACCCCCAGAACCCGCCCAAUCAGAAUGGGAUUCUAAAAGGGGGCCUACACGAAGGACUCCUGUACACCUCAGACAGCACAGGGAAUAUACGCACUGGACCCUGGAAGAAUGAAACUACUGUGUAGUGAGGGAAGGAAAAAAAAACAGGGGGGACAGGCAGCAGUCCUGCCUCGUAAACCCUUCUAGAAUUGAGAAAAAGAAUUGAACGACAUUUUGAACAUCACAAUCAGCGUGGGAUAUUUUUAUUUCAAUGUCCUCAUGUUUUUAUGUGUGCUGUUUUACUGUACAGAAAUCUGAUAUCAUCCUAAUGCUCCCCGUCGAGCAUCCAUACACAAAACAGAAUCUCUUCCAUCAAGAAGAAUUUGUGAAAUAUAUGUCACAUGAUUCCAUCCGAUGUAAUUGAAGGUAUUUCUAUCAUUCCAUAUAACUGCAGAUCUCUCUCUAUAUAUAUACAAAAUGAACGGUUAUGUAUGAAUAUGUGUGUUAGUGCUCAAAGGCAACAAGCUGCAAGAUUCUUUUUUUUACAGUUUGAAUCUGAAUCCAUCAAAUACUCUACGAUGACAGUGAACCUCCAGUACUUUAAAGAACUCUCGGCAUCCAUGUUUUAGACGACUAAACCAGCAAUUUUAGACUUCAUGGGUAGUUUUUUGUCAGUCAAGCAACAGUGAAUAUCUAAAUGAUAUUUUCUAAAUAAUAUACAAAGAUGCUGUCGCUUGCCAGAGAUGCCAGUGACGUUACCUAACGGUAAUGGGCAAAAGAGAAAAGUGAAAUUUAAGCGUCCUCCUCCAGGUUGGUAUCGAUCGUGCCGUCUGUAUGAUGUCUUCACCGUUGUGUUUCUUUUUCUCUGGGAGACAAGUAAAUAACAACAGCGUCAACAGCAACAGCGUGGGCCCUGUGAAUAGAGAGCUGGUGCCACUGAGUCAUUGGAUCCAGUGUGAAGUUUUCAUUCCCACUGUGCCACACUGAGGCGGGUCCACGCAGCGAGCUCUUCCCCGAAACCAGUGUGCAGGUUUUUAUACUCGUCAGCUCAGCUCUGCUCUCACAUGCCACAUGUGACGUUAUGAUUUUCUUUGUAAAAAUCCAGCACUCGAAGCAUUUUAGGACAAAGAGAGAGUGAACGUGAUUAUGAAAGAAAGAAGCCGUAUAAUAAAUGUUCCAGCCUGUACCGAUGUCUAUGAAAACCAAUAAAACAUUUCAGACAACCUCCCCCACCACCGGCUGAAAUGAGACAUGGCAGGAACCACUGCAAACUCAACCCCUUUAUAAUUGUAUUCCUUUUUUCUAUUUUUGUCCCAGAAAUGCCCCAAAGCAUGCACGCCUCCUUCUAUGUAGCUGGGUGAUAUCGUUUUUUACAGUCUGAAUUUAUGCCCCGUCCAUGAACAUAUUAUUUGCUUUGACCUGAUAAAACUGCUGCAGCUUGCCAUGUCUCAUUUUUGUCACACUCGUGGAUUAAGCCUAGUUCCCAACAAACACUGUACUAUUUCCCACCGGUAAUCUCCAUUUAACACGACUUUAAGCUUCGAUUUAUCCCAGAAUCCACUCCUGAAAUAUCAUAACCCUCCCUGUUCUGCUUUGAUAACUUGUGUCAAGAGAGGCCAAGGUUGAAAUAUAGAUCUUUAGUUUGUUUUUUGGGAUCCAUGAAGGUCAAAUUCUCUUUGAAGGAUUGCCACCCAGUGGAGGAGGCAGAAGAGACGCUGUAUUGGUUUGGAAGCACUUAUAUCGAGUUUGAUCGUCCAGACAAAACCUGUCAUACAUUUCCUCAGUAAAGGCAAUCCCCCCCCCCCCCCCAAAAAAAAAAGUACGCUCUACAGCAGCGCAUAUAAUCUCACAGCAAACCCUGCUCUAGCUACAGCACCUCAGCAUGCACACCAUCUCUUCAUCCAUCUUGUGCAUUCUUGUCUGUGUAUAUAGAAUUGGUUUCUGAUGAAUUAUUUUAUAUGAGAUUUAAGAUAUUUAAGAAUAAAAUAAAAGUCUAUAUGUAAUGAAAGUUGUAUGGGGAAAAAAAAACACUGACCUCUUAAUGUUAAUGCUCAGUAUCUGAGUUUAGAAAUGUCUGUUUUUUGUUGUUUUUUUUCAUUUUCAAAUGCCUUUUUUUCUGUUGCAGUUUUUUAAGUUGACUUCAUAAAGUAUGCUUUAUGACUUGUCCUGUCAUAUCAGAAAUUAGAAAUGCACUACACAUAAUAACGUUUGGCCCGCCAGAAUGGAAAUUGUCACUCACAGUGUGAUUAUUAUGAAAAAUGUUUGUUCAGACAAAAUUCCUGAUGCUCCUUUCAUUAGGAUGACAGGCUUUUUAAUAGUGUAAUUAUGCCGUGUUAGACAUCAGAGAUGAUGCAACCUCAUAUCUUUGCACAGGGCCUGUGGAGUUAUUUCCAGGGUUUGGAACAAAAAGGGAUAUUAUGGGUCCAGCUUAUGAGUCGCCCACAAUUUAUCAAAUAAUACAGGCUCCUAUGGGCCACCUUGGACGCAGGCAAUUAUUGGCCCUGGCUUCAUAGAUAUUGGAAAGGGAUUUGUAACAGUAUCACAACGAAAACAUUUGAAAUCAGCCCCUUCCACAUAAAACUGAGAGGACAUUGGUCUAGGUUAAUUGCCGGGCAAGGUGCGUAUGUGCCGGUGUGUCUUAGGCGCAGCCCAAGCUUUUCCCGUGUCUGAGAGAAGACGUCGGGUUUUUGGGGCCACCUCUUUCUGUCAUCAGUAGCAGACGUACUGCCCUAAAACAAGCUCGCCGACUUAGUCUCCCCUAACCGGAUGGCUGCUGGAAUAUUCACCUGUGGUACUGUGACAAAAACCUAAAGCCAGUUUUCACUUUUUUCUACAUUGACACAGAUUCCAAUAAAUGUAUUUUUUCACCAUGCAA